AUGGAUUUCCCUAGGGGGGCUUCUCCCCCUUUCGCCGAUGCAGUGGCCUCGUGCCUGACUUACCAUGGGGGACCGCUGGAUCUUAGUGUUUCUUUGGCCCUUCAGUGCGUUGAUGCCUGCUCAACCAGCCGUGACAAUACGAGAUAUCUGCUUUCCCAAGCUGCAGAAAAGCUGAGACAAGGCUCCGACCCAGAAGGCAUGUACAGGGCCCUAGAGCUGGUGGAGAUCUGCGUGAAAAACAAUGGCCUAGACUUUGCACGACACAUGGACGAGCACUUUCUCCGAUCGAUGGCGAAGGUUCUCAAGAUCGCCGUUUGUUCAUCCUGGAGUCGCGACGGAUCCUAGAAUCCACUUUGGUAGCUGUAUGAUGUGGGCGCAGACUCCUUUGUGCUCUACCAAGAGCGGUGCCCCGCCCUCUUUGCAAUGUACAGGAAGCUGCGGAGCAAAGGGGUAGAAUUCCCGCAGAUUGAUCGAUCGCAAAGGUAUCUCGUCAAGAAUGCAGAGGAAUCACCUGCCUUCAGCGUUCCGCGACAUGCAGUUGGCCAAUUACGGCAGUCCCUUGCCAUCCUCGCCUCCCCGGGGGCCCCUCUUUCCCGGCGCCUCGCGGCGUACAGACACCUGAAGGCCUCCCGGGAGUCCCUCGGAGGGUGGCUGCAGUCUCUCUCCCAAACGGAUCAAGACAUGCAGCGCAACCUUUCCUCCUUAUCAGCGGGCCUAGAACUAGCUGACUACGUGGACAAGGAACUGGCGAAGGGGGAACCUUCAGAAGACAGGCUCGACGAGUCACGCCGCUCCUUGGAAGGCCGUCAGAAGGGGCCUCAGAAGGCCGUAGGCUCGUCAGAGGGGCCUCGAGGGGCCUCCAUCAGCCUCCUGGACCUAUCGCCAACAGAAACCCAAGAGGAUCAGGCCCCCUCUGCAGAGAGAGAGGCCUCGGCUGCUACCAGGGGCCCCUCCGUCCCCUCCGCUGGUGGGGCCCCCGACCUGUUGCCCCCAAGGGCUGGAGGCCCCUCCACCUUCGCCCUUCUCCCUCCGCCUCCGGCUUUCUCGACCCCUGCAGGAUCUGUGGUGGCUGCUGCCGAUAGAGUUAGCCAGGGGGCCUUCUCCGGGGGCCCCCCUCAGCAGGAUCCUUGGUCUGCUCUCAGCGACCUCUCGUGUGGAGGAAAAGGCUCUGCAGGGCCUCCUUCGCCGUGUUCUGGCUCCCGCUCUCCGGCAAAAACCCCCCUAUCCUCUGCCCCCAAUGGCAAGGGCCCAUCCGCCCCUUGGGCCUCGGGGCCUGCAGCAGGCUCGACUUCUCAGGGGGCCCCUGGGGGUUCCUCCGGGAUGGCUCCCCCACCUGGCGUCCUUCCAGAUUUGCAUCCAUGUGUCGCGUCUGUUGCACCCUCAACGCCAGGGCCCUCGAGUAGCGCCUCCGGAGCUGCUGCACCCUGGCACACGUUUUCUUUCGGGGAUUUCGUUGCUGCUAGCCCCCAGCAGGGGACUCCAAACCGGCCUCAGGGGCCCCCUCUGGGGGGCCCCCAAGCGGGAGGAACCCCUUGGCAGGGAGGCCUGCCCUUUGGGAACCGUCUGGCUCUUAUGGGGCCCCCAGCGCCUCGCAGUGUAGAAGACGACCCCUUUGCUGAUUGCGGACCGCGUGAUCAGCAAGACCACUGGCUGCGGCAACCCUCCCAGCAGACCAGCUCCUCAUCAACAGGCGCAGGGGCAGAGGUGCUGCCGGUACAGCUCCCUAUGGUAUUGGUACCCAGCCAGCAGGAUCGGGAAGGGAGAGGCCCCCACUCGCCGCCCAAAUCGCCAGAUUCAUCCAAUUGUAGCUCUUCUGGAGGCAGCAGCCAGGGCCCCCCCCCUGCUGCCCGUGGCACUCACAGCCCUGUCCAUGCCGCCCUUUGGCCAGAUACCGACACUCAAAGGAGCGCAGAAACCAACGCCCGCGACUCUUAUUCAUUCGCGGCUGCUUCUGCUCCAGUCAGCUGCCCCGCCUCUCCUUUCAACGAGUUUUCACCAUCUAUACACCCCUCCAGAUCCUUUUCUAAGGGUCAGUCUGCAGAGGGGCCUACUUGGCCAGGGGACUCAGAAACGCAGAGCGUGCAGCAGCAGCAGCAAAGUCACCAGCAGUGGCCAGGGCCAGUCGAGAAUCUCGCGAGCAGCGACAACAACGCUGCUGUAGACGGGCGACGGUUUUCCUUUGGGACCCCUUCAGAGAGGUCGACCUCCCAGCCGGAGCAAACCAGUCGACGGGGGGCCUCCCCAAGGCCGACUUUAGAGGGCAGAGCGUGGACUCGCAGCAAUUCAGGUGCUUCCGAAUGCAAAGGCUCCCCAGCUGUCUGGCCACAGGGCACCUACGGGGGCAUUAGUGAGGAGGCCCCCUUCGGGGGACCCCGUCGAGCCACCCCAUUCCCUGGGGCUCAAGGCGCCUCUAAUGGAAACACCCAAGCGUUCGGUCCAGGGGCCACCACUGACAAUGAGCUGUUAGAUAAAGUGCAUCAGCAGCUGGAUGAAAUGGCGUUUAAUCUUGACCUCUCGGAGCUGUAA